UACGAGAAAAUUCCGUGUACGAUGCACGUGCAGUGAUUUUACACAAUAUUUUUUUUAGUUUUUUUUUUUAUUUUUCUAUUUGAUGAAAAAUUAAAGUAAAGUGAAAUUUUGAUACUAGAGUUAAGGCACUAAAUUUCUAGUGAAUUUAGCAUAAUGAGGGAAAUCGUCCACAUCCAAGCCGGUCAAUGCGGAAACCAGAUCGGGGCCAAGUUUUGGGAGGUGAUUUCCGACGAACAUGGCAUCGACUCCACGGGUGCCUACACGGGCGACUCCGAUCUGCAGCUCGAGCGCAUCAACGUCUACUAUAACGAGGCUUCAGGAGGCAAGUACGUGCCCCGCGCUGUCCUCGUCGAUCUCGAGCCCGGCACCAUGGACUCCGUGCGCUCCGGACCCUUCGGCCAAAUCUUUCGCCCCGACAACUUUGUCUUCGGCCAAUCGGGAGCAGGCAACAACUGGGCGAAAGGACACUACACCGAAGGCGCCGAAUUAGUCGACUCUGUACUCGACGUUGUGAGGAAAGAAGCGGAAGGCUGUGACUGCCUACAAGGGUUCCAGCUUACCCACUCCCUCGGAGGUGGCACUGGCUCCGGAAUGGGGACUCUGCUCAUAUCAAAGAUCAGGGAAGAAUACCCCGAUAGAAUCAUGAACACGUUCUCAGUAGUCCCGAGUCCUAAAGUAUCUGACACUGUCGUAGAGCCAUACAACGCUACGUUGUCAGUCCAUCAGUUGGUUGAAAAUACAGACGAAACCUACUGUAUAGAUAAUGAAGCGUUAUAUGAUAUUUGCUUCCGUACACUGAAGCUGACGACGCCGACUUACGGCGAUUUGAACCACCUGGUGUCAGCGACUAUGUCAGGCGUGACGACGUGCCUGCGUUUCCCGGGACAGCUGAACGCGGACCUGAGGAAACUGGCCGUCAACAUGGUGCCCUUUCCGAGGCUACACUUUUUCAUGCCGGGCUUCGCACCGCUGACGUCACGCGGCAGUCAACAGUACCGCGCCCUCACUGUACCGGAGCUCACACAACAGAUGUUUGACGCGAAGAACAUGAUGGCUGCGUGUGAUCCCCGACACGGUCGGUACCUCACCGUAGCCGCAGUCUUCCGCGGUCGCAUGUCCAUGAAGGAAGUGGACGAGCAAAUGCUUAACAUCCAGAAUAAGAACAGCAAUUAUUUCGUCGAAUGGAUUCCGAACAAUGUUAAGACUGCCGUCUGCGAUAUACCUCCGCGAGGUCUGAAGAUGUCUGCUACCUUCAUUGGUAAUACCACAGCCAUACAAGAGUUGUUCAAGAGGAUUUCUGAGCAAUUCACUGCUAUGUUUAGAAGGAAGGCUUUCCUGCACUGGUACACCGGUGAAGGUAUGGACGAGAUGGAGUUCACGGAGGCGGAGAGCAACAUGAACGACCUCGUGUCGGAGUACCAGCAGUACCAGGACGCGACGGCAGAUGACGAGGGAGAGUUCGACGAAGAAGUGGAGGAUGAGUGAUUGUUAAAUGUUUUGUCUCUGUCUAUUGUAUUGUUUUGUCCAUGUCCAUGUUUAGUGUUAGGCGUAACUAUAUGUUUUGAUGUUUUUAUAUGUUACAAUAAAAAAGUAACUAAAUCCUA